UGCAUGAUCUGUGCGCGCUUACCUUUACUCCACAUAUUUACAAACAAAUCGAUCACUUGAGUGAAUUUUGAUAAUGAUGUCAUCGGCUGAGUGUGACUUUGUGUAUUCAUUUUAUGUGUAGGUGUCGAAAUCUUGUUGUUGCUGCUGCUGCAGCAGCAGCCGAGAGUCUUCUCCGUAUGAGAUAUAAGUCGUUGCUUUGCAAAAGUAACAAUGGAGACGCCGAUUCAAAGAUUCUGAGUCGAUAAACCGUCCGCAUUUAAAAUUCAUUGUUUACAAAUAAACACAGAGGCUUUGAUGAUGCAUGAGUUCGUAUGAUAUGUUUGCUUUUUUAUUUUGUUUAUUUUUUGCUCCGCUUGAAAUGACAUUUCUAUGAGCGGUUGGGUUCAGUACACUUCUCUAAAUUAUCGCACACACUGCUAGUUCGAGUUAAAAUGCCGAACUAAGCGGUUCUGUCAAAUUGCGUUACAGAUUUUUUUUCUUCAGCGUAAUAAUUAUUUUCGGAUUGAUUUUGUAAUACAAUUUUGUUUUCCAUUCAUUUUAUCAAUAUUUUUUAUUGAAAAACAACGCGUGUGCCUAUUUAUUGAUUCAUUUGAACAGAUUGUUUUGCCGCUAUCAUAAUUUUUCCGCAUAACCUAAUCUGACCCAUUGAUGCGUCAUACUAUUAUACUAUAGUACAUCUAUCGCACAAAAGGUUUAUUAAUUUCAAACCAUAUCAAAUUCAGUUCAGUUGCAUUUUGAAGCAGCUUGUGUGAAGUGGAUAUAGCCAUGAAGAGGUUUUACGACACCGUUAUUGUGAUAAUAGCCCUAGCAUUGCUGUCAUUGCCCGAACAAUGCAUGUGUUCGGACGGUUUGGACGAUUUGGAAUUUGUUCCGUUAAAAAGUGAUUCGAAAGAAUGGUGGCAAACGGCAUCACUGUACCAAAUCUAUCCAAGGUCAUUCAAGGACUCCAACGGUGAUGGAAUUGGCGAUUUGAAUGGUAUCACGGAAAAAUUGGAACAUUUGAAAGAAAUUGGCAUAGCAGCGACAUGGCUCUCUCCAAUUUUCAAAUCGCCGAUGAAAGACUUUGGUUACGACGUUGCCGAUUUCUACGACAUACAGCCUGAAUAUGGAACUUUGGACGAUUUCGAUCGUUUGAUCGCUAAGGCAAAAACAUUGGAUAUCAAAAUUAUAUUGGACUUUGUACCAAAUCACUCGUCGGAUGAGAACGACUGGUUCAUCAAAUCGGUCAACAAAGAGCCAGGAUGGGAAGAUUUCUACAUAUGGCAUCCAGGAUAUCCCGAUGAAAAUGACCCAACAAAUCGUUUGCCGCCCACCAAUUGGAUCAGCGUCUUUCGGAAAAGUGCCUGGAAAUGGAGUGAAAAACGUGGCGAAUUCUAUUUUCAUCAAUUUUUAGCUGGUCAACCCGAUUUGAACUACCGCAAUCCAAAGGUCGUUGAUGAAAUGAAAAAUGUGCUGAGAUUCUGGAUGGACCGUGGAGUGAGCGGAUUUCGCAUUGACGCUGUGCCGCAUUUGUUCGAGGUUCCAGCCAACAAAAACGGACGUCUGCCAGAUGAACCACGCAGUGGCAAUACUAAUGAUCCUGAUGAUUGGAAUUAUUUAAAGCAUAUUUUUACCGUUGAUCAGCCCGAAACGAUUGACAUGGUUUAUCAAUGGCGUGAAGUCUUAGAUGAACAUCAGCGUCAAAACGGUGGUGAUGCGCGUAUUAUGCUCACUGAAGCUUAUUCUUCGUUGAAUAUUAUUUCGCAAUACUUUGGCAAUGCCACUCACAAUGGAUCUCAUGUGCCAUUCAAUUUUCAAUUGCUGACCCGAGUGUGGAACGAAUCAAAUGCCGUUGAUUACAUCAGUUGCAUCGAUGACUUUAUGAAAAUCGUGCCGAAAAAUCAAGUUGCCAACUGGGUGGUUGGAAAUCACGAUAACCAUCGCGUUGGAACGAGACUUGGAAGAGACAGAAUAGACGCCAUUAAUAUGAUUAUUUUGACAUUGCCCGGAAUCAGCAUCACCUACAAUGGUGAGGAAAUUGGAAUGACCGAUCAAUGGCUUUCAUGGAAGGACACAGUUGAUCCAGCUGCAUGUAAUAGCAACCCAUCGAUUUAUGAACAAUUCACUCGCGAUCCCGAGCGAACACCAUUCCAAUGGGAUGACAGCACAAACGCUGGUUUCAGUACAGCUCCAAAGACCUGGCUUCCUAUUGCCGACAACUACAAAGAAUUCAAUGUUGCCAAAGAAGAUUCUGAUGAAAAAAGCUAUCUGAAGGUUUUCAAGAGCUUGAAAGAGCUACGGAAAGAGCCAACGUUACAGGAUGGAGACACAAAAUACGCGGCACUAGGACAACAAGUUGUUGCUAUUGCUAGGUAUUUGGACGGCAAGAAGCUAUACAUCACCGUCUGCAACAUUGGCCCAUUCAUCGAGAAAGUCAAUUUGAAUGCGAUCGGAGUUACCGUACCUGAAACAUUGGCAUUCCAUAUCGUUGGCGUAUCAUCAUCACAUAAAAUUAAUGAACAAGUGUUGUCCAAGAAUGUGGUUCUUCAACCCAGAGAGGCAUUCGUGCUAAGAAGCGAAAAUGCGGUCACUCAAUCGAAAUCGUACAACUAUUUCCAUCACAGCAUUUUUGAUUUAUGACUAGACGUGGUGCAGAAUGCCAUUCGAUUUUUCAUACCGUCAUUUUGCCAAUUCAAGAGACCGUACUGAGUCAUGUCGGAUUUUGUUUAAAGAUAACAAUAAAAUUGUACUCGAGAUAUUUUUAAAUGAAUGAAGGACUUUAUACACGUCGUUGAAUCAAUGUGUGUGAUAAGAAUUAGAAUCAAUAGAUAAAGAAAUAUUUUUUUAUUUUUGUUUUGAAAUGAGAAAAGUAAAUAAAAAAUGUUCAAACACUCAGCUAUUCAAACAAUGACCGUGGCCUUUGUUUAAUUUGUACACCAUAUAUGGUUUAUUGUGCAAAUGAAAACGAAAUGAGCAAAAACAUUCUGAUACAUAAAAAAAAACUGAUAAGAACAUUGAAUCAUUUGUUAUUUUUUCUUUUCUCUAUACAUUUAACGAUUUUUUGUCAUUUCUGCGUCGAAGCUAAUGUGCACAAGUGCAAUCAAUCGUUCAUUCGCUUAUUUUAUCAAUUGCUUUGUUUGAGGCCACCAUUCUUUGCAGGAAAAAAAUCUGUAAAUAAUACAAUACGUUCUUUACAGAUACUUCGAAUCUGUAUAUCUGCAAAGAACGUAUUUUGUUAUUUACAGUAAAAUUUUAUGGCGUACGCGCGCGCGUACAUUCCCUUAACUCCAUAAAUGAGCUAACAAUUAUUAUAAAUAAACAAUACAAAUGUCCACAAACACAAGAAAGUCCACACAGAAAUGUGACGAAAAACCAUGAAAUGUUGAAAAUGUGUCGGAGAUUCGCACAAGGCAAAUAUUACGGUAAUUUGCUUUAGAAAAUUCUGCUCAGAACAACAUUAUGCUAUACAGGAUCAACUGUCGCUGAUCGCCGUUUGAGUGAAAAACAACACACCUAUAUGCUUGCAGCGCUCGUUUCAAUUCGUUUCUCCCUAUGUAUACAGCGAAACAUUGAUUUAUAUCGCACUGGACACAUUGUCUUCAAUUGAUAGUUUUUUUGCACAUUUCUGUGUGGAUUAACUGAGUUUAUGUACUUUUAUAUUGUUUAAUAGUAAUAAUUGUUAGCCUAUUUAUGGCCAUAAAAUUUCACUGUUAACAAAAUACGUUCUCUGCAGAUACUUCGAAUCUGUACAUCUGUAAAGAACGUAUUUUGUUAUUUACAGAUUUUCUUAUUGCAAAGAAUGGCGGCCCUUCGUUUGAUUAUUAUUUACGAUUUUAUUUUACGUCGAAGACAUUUUUAGCAACAGUAUCCCCGAAAGAAUUUAUCAGUAAUAAGGAAACACAAGUAUUUUUUUAUAUUAAAAUUUUCAAUUUUUUUAUUAACUUUGAUUUAAAAUUUUCCAAAACCCAAAUUCCGAACGUUUUUUUUAAAUAAAUUUUCAAACUUUUUUUUGAAAUUAAAACAACUUACUCGCUACAAAAAUGUAAUUUCGAAUUUUGUAGAAAGAUGUUCACCAGAAUGUAUCCCAAAAAUGAGUUAGAUGCAUGUUCAACUACUUUAAGCACUUUCAGAUCGAUUUAAAAAAAAUUCUAGUUAAUUAAUAAGUUAUCUAAAUUGAUUGUAUAUCAAUCGUGGAAUUUUAACAAUUUGCGACUCGUUUAUAUCAUUUGUAAUCAGACUUUUUUCUAUCUAGUUAGCAGACUUCAAACUUGUUCAAAUGCAAUGAAAUAAAGAUUUGGAAAUAAAUUCCCAGAGGAAUGUUAAGCAACCCAAAA